AUGAGCUUUAGCAGGAAGCGAGCGGCCCUAGCUUGUACCUUUUGUCGCAGUCGGAAACGGCGAUGUGAUGCCCAGAAGCCAUCAUGUGCUCACUGUAGAGAGCUAGAAGUAGAAUGUCACUAUGAUGACUUGCCUUCUCAAAGGAUCGACACCUCCGGUGGCACUCGAGAAAUCCUCAACCGCUUACAUGACAUUGAGGCAAUCUUGCAGACUCAGUCACAUCAGAUCUCAGACAUCAACAAGUUUCAUACUGAUGCUCGUCCUGUCCCCAAGGCUUCGUCACCCGGCAAUGCAUGGACUCUGUCAAGAGAGCCCCCGAAUGCGACCAUGGCCUCGCCCUGGUCAUUUUUCGGAUUAGAAACCCAAUCGAAUUUGCCAGAACUGCCUCCAUUAACAAUUCCAGUCAAACACAAAACAUCCUCCAGUUACCUUCUGAGCUUACCCCCAGUCAAAUCCCUCAUCGGGGAGUAUCCGACUGAUGUGUUUUUCCAGUUAGAAUCACGAGCUCACCUCCCUCCGGAGUUGUCAUGUGAGACAUGGCCAACGCCAAUCCCAUCAAUUGAGAUUGAAAGAGAUCUUGCUACGAAUCUAGUAUCGACAUUUUUCGCGUCAGCUCAUCAUGCCCAUCCAAUCUUAGACCCAGGCGGCUUCGAGGAUAUUUUCAGCCGGUUUCUGGAGAAUGGACCCGAUUCCAGUAUUGCAUCGGCUUUAUGCAUGGUUGUCCUAGCACUUGGUGCUGUCGCUGCGUCACGACCGGAUACGCAUGCAUUUCUUCAUUCACCCCCAGGCAUGGCGUACAUACAGCACGCCUUGCCAACCCUCCUCAGCCAGUCGGCAUGGUCAUUCUCAUGCUGCCUCAUGCUGCCACAGGCGCUUGUUCUUGCUAGCGUGUAUUUUGCAUAUAUCGUCCGCCCCCUUCAAAGCUGGCGACUUAUCUACUCUGCCACGACGUUAAUUCAGUUCAAACUUUCAGGAAUUGACAGCCAGCAGAAAGAACCUUGGUGGCGAGAGAACUUGAUUCGACUAUUUUGGUCCUGCUUUUUGAUCGAGUGCGAUCGACUCGCCGAGCUGGAACUUCCACGAAGUGGCUUGCAACAGCUGACUGAUGAAAUCAGCCUUCCAGAGUGCACUAACCUUGGGAUGAUGCAAUCGACCUGCUACCUCGCGGAAAUAUCCAUCCGAAGAUUACUCAAUCGCGUGCAUAAUUCCCUCUACCCGAGCAAGAAUCACGGUUUGACGCUAUCUUCCACCUCAUUGGCCACACCGGAAGAGUUUUCCAUGGAUGAUAUCUCAUCUAUGAGUGCAGUUUGCGAUGAGCUACACUCACAACUCGAGUUGUGGCAUUCUUCCAUACCAGAAGACAUUCGUCCAAAGCUCAACAGCGAACCAUCGAUGCAGGAGUCGAAUGAUCGCCAGGCAAUACUACGUAUUCGCUAUUUUGCCGCGCGUCAUAUCAUAUACAGGCCAUUUGUUCUGUUUCUUGUUACUCACGAUGUCACCUGCAUAUCCCACGAUAUUGUCAAAAAGGCUGGGAUUUGCAUCGAGAGCUGCCGUCGUUACAUCCACAGCACGACCCGAAUCCUGAAACAACCGAGCCAAUACACGUGGACCUUUUCUUUGUCAUCACUGGGUGCCAUUGUUAUUUUAACGCUCGCUUCACUCAAUCCCGCUUUGCAGCAUUUGGUGACCGAUAUUGACGCACUACAAAGCCUGGCUUUGAAUAAUAUCCGACCGUGGGCUUUCUCCAGUCUUGAGGCUGUUAUAACAAUACUUGAAGACGUCCAGAAAAAGCAAAGACUUUUCAAGCGUAUGUAUUGA